AUGGGUUCACUUUCCAACUGUACACAAAUUCCUUCAGAGUAUAUGGACUAUGCUGAAAAACAUUCAAUAUUUGAGCUCAUGCAAAGGUUACUUAAACUUUUAAUAAUCAAUCGUCCCGGAGAUCCUAUAUCAUAUCUAAUUAGGUACCUGGAAAAAGAUGUCGGAGAUGUACUUUCCAUUUUCAUUUUCGGUCCAAAGUCUUCAGGCAAGAGAUUGCUGGGUUCCAUGUUGCAAGUGAAACUGCAAUGCACAAUGAUUCAUGGGGACGACAUAUACAGUUUAUGUCCGGAAGGGAAAAAUGCUUCAGUCCAAAAACUAAUUGCUGCUUUGAAGAAACGGCUUAACGAAUCUGACUGUGAAUCAAGAGGUUAUAUUAUUGUCGACUUCCCAAGAUGUGAAAAAGAAGCUAAAGCACUUAUAAAUGAAGGAAUAUUUCCUGAUUAUGCAAUAUUUCUGGAUGCACCCUUGCUUACAUUAAUUGAAAGAGCAUCAGGAGAAAGGAUGGAUCCUGAUAAUGGAGAUUUAUAUAAUUUAUUACAUAACCCCCCAGCUGAUUUAGCAGUUGAAAGGCGCUUGGUAAAACUUACAGAAAAUGAUGAAGAACUAAUUAAAAAACUUUACAGCGAAUACAACAGACAAAUGAUUCUACUGAAGAGAAUUUAUUCUAGUGUUGCUUAUGAAUUUAAUGCAGAUCAACCAAUCAAUGACUUAUAUCAUUCCGUUUUGGCAAAAGUAAACCAAUCUCGUCGCAGCGUUGCUCUGCAAACUCCUAAGGUCGUUUUAUUAGGCUAUCCUGGAGCUGGAAAACAUACACAAGCACAUUUGCUAGCUAAAAAGUAUGGACUAAUUCCAGUGGACUGUGGGCAGCUUAUACUUCGUGAAGUAGCUAAUCGUUCUUCAGUUGGGAACAUAAUGAAAACUUAUGUUCAAAAAAAUAUUCCAGUUCCAGAUGCCAUAGUCUCAGAAGUUGUGAGAAACAGACUGAAUAAAAUUGAUUGCAUCACAUAUGGUUGGAUACUUGUCGGAUAUCCUCGUACACGUCAACAAGCAGAGCUACUGUCAUCGCAUAAAGUAUACCCGACCCGAGUUAUUCUAAUGGAUAUACAUCAAUCUUGUGCAUCUGAACGACUUUCUGGACGUAGAAUUGAUCCAAUCACAGGUAUAUGUUUUCAUACAGCAUUCGAAUCUAUGGAAGAUGUAUGCAUUAGUCAGCGUGCUUUGCAGCGUCCAAAUGAUGAAGAAGAUGCUAUAAGCCCAAAGCUAUCAAGAUUUACAGCUAACAGAGAUGACAUUAUCGUAUACUAUGAUUCAUGUGUGGUUAAAGUGCAUGCAGACAGAGAUAUUCACACUGUUUUUGAAGAAAUUGAGACUGCUAUUGAUCAAAUAGAAAUUUACAUUAGGAAACCUGACCCAAAUCUACUGAAAUAUACACGAAAACAUCAUUUGUAUGAGAUUUUUGAGGCACUUUUAAGUGGUUUAAGCGUCAUGUUACCAGAAAAUCCUCGUAAAUGGAUUGCAGAAAAACUUCAACUUCUUUACGAUAUUGGUUUUAUGAGUUUAAACUGGGAUACAUUUAUUGAUCCGGAUAUGAAACCUUCUCAUCCAUAUGUCGAUCAUGAAUUAAUGCAUUCCCUAUUUGGUACAUCAAAACUAGAAUUUCUGUUACCAGAAGAAUUACAAUAUCAACCUACACCUGAAAUGUUAGCAAAAGCCUAUGCUGCUCAUAAGCAAUCAAUACUAAAAAAGUGUUUCAGCGCCUGGAAACUACAUUUUAUAAUUAAAAAAGCACGAGUGAAUUAUAUGUACAAAAUAAACUUUAUUGCAAAAAUAAGCAUGAAAUUUAGAUUGCAAAAGAUUAUAUUUCGAGGAUGGCAAGAAUAUACACAGUUUGUGAAAAGUAAACAAAAAAUGGCACAAUCAUUAAUAACACAAAUUAAAGACUUCACAGUGACAAUGUUAUAUUUUAAAGCCUGGCGGAGGAAUGUUGCAGAAGCUCGGAAAACAAGGGAUUAUUUUUCAAAAAUGCAAGAAAAGUCAGAUGGUGAAAAGUCAGAUGAUUCAGAGUCUGAAAAUCAACUACUUACUUUAGGUGGCAAAAUAAGCGAUGUUGAAAAUUAUCGUGACCGAUUUUCUGAAUUACCUGACACCAUACAAUAUAAAAUAUUUGGCUACUUAACACCAAUAGAUUUAGCUCGAGCUGCUUGUGUAUCUCAUUAUUGGUGGUCUGUAGUUAGUGAAAUGGAUAAGAAAAAUACUUUGGAUUUAUCGUGCUUUGGUAAAAGGUUAACAGAAGAACUUUUAUUUAGGCUUACAAGAAGACGUCGAAUGUAUCUGCGUCAUAUCAACUUACGUAAUAGUAGUCUGUGUACUUUAAAUUCAUUUCGUUGUUUAACUAGUUGCGCUAAUUUACAGGAUAUCAAUUUAUCCAAAUGCACUGGUAUCACAGAUGAUGCAGUUCGUAUAAUAACUGUUGAAUGUAGUUUACUUCUUUACUUGAAUUUAUCAUAUACUCAAAUUACUGAUGAUUCAGUUCGUCACAUAGCGAUCAAUACAAAAAUGUUACAAUAUUUGAGUUUGGCCUAUUGUACACGAUUAAAACAACUUUGCUCAACUUAUUUCAAUCAAUUAGAAAGUUUCAAGUCAUUAAUUUAUUUGGAUUUAUCUGGAUGUAUUUACGUGAAAAGAAAAAUUGAGUCGGCUGGUUUACAAAUAAUUAUUAAAAGUGUGACACAAGUGGAACAUUGGAUACUGAACGAUCUCCCAUGGAUUUCAGAUACUGAUCUUAAUGUUCUUGGAUCCAACUGUUCAGUAAUACACACAUUAGAAAUGGUCAAUAAUCAAAACGUAAUUAUAUCCGGUUUAAAUUAUCUUUCUAAAACUUGUCUUUUCCAUGAAAAAUCAACUCCAGUCGAUGGUGCUGUACAAAUAAAAAAUAAGCAAAAUAGACCAAUCACAUCUAUUGGUUUAAUUCAUAAACAUGCUGAUUCAACUCUAAAUAAUUCAAAUUCAACUAUUAGUUGUUUAAUUACGGAUUGUGGUCUACAAUCAGUAUGUGGGAAAAAUUUAAAUAGACUCCUUGUUUCAAAUAUGAGUUCAAUAGAUGGAUCUGGAUUGAAUAAUAUUGUACCAAAUGAUAAUGUAUCAAGAAGACAUUCUAAAAGUAAAGCUCAUCGUUUGUCGAAACUGAAUUCUGGAUUCCUUGAAAAUGGUAGUUUAAAUUUACUAGAAAUUUCAUUCGUUGAUUGUCCAAAGAUGAAUGAUAUCCUGCUUCAACAUUUAAUACCUUUGCCGCAUUUAACUGUUUUAAAGUUAAGUGGAUGUGAAAGUCUUACAGAUCAAGGUAUAAAAUUAUUAACUGAUGGGGCAUACGCGGAUAAUUUAAAAGAACUGUACUUAGCAAGAUGUGACAAAUUAACUGAUAAAGCGAUUCAUUUAAUGAGUGCACGACUACUUAAUUUAGCUUACUUGAGUUUGGCAUCAUGCCCCUUGAUUUCUGAUGGAGCCUUCGAACUCCUAGGUCAGCUACAAAAGUUAUGGCAGAUAAAUUUAAAUUCUACUAAACUUGGUGAUCGAGGUUUGUCGGCUCUUGGAUCACUGCCUAAAUUACAUGAACUGAAAGUGUCUAAAUGUACCGCCAUCACUGAUUUAGGAUUGCAAAAGUUUGCACAUCUUGGUAUAAACUUGGAAUUUAUUGAUUUAUCAUUUUGUCACGUAAAUUAAGUUUGGUUUUAAAUGAUGUUCUAAAAUUGCAAUUUUUAUAAACCAUUUAGAAUUUGACAAACAAUGGAAUUAAAACACUAGCAUUUUGUUGUCAUUUCCUUACCAGUAUUAAUUUAGCUGGGUGUAAGCUGGUUGUGAAUUGAUCACGGAAACAUCAUUAAGUUUUUUACUGAAAGGUUGUAAAAAACUUGAACAUCUUCGACUAUUAUACUGCAAGUCAAUUAAAAAGUAGGUUUGAUUAAGAAUAUAUUGAUUAUUUUAUAGAUGUUUGUCGUAUAAUUAUCAUUUUACAGUUAAUAAAUUAAAGCAUCUUUUUGGUUAAUUUCAUGUAAGAUCCAAUGUCACUAUAAUGUCUGAUUACGUAGUUGAUAAUUCUCUAUAAUAAAAUUUCCUUCCUUCAAAAGUAUGUAGAUAAUGACUAAAUAUUUGAUGGAAUUGGAUAUUAUUACAAUCAGACUCAACUAAUUGAUAGCAUGAUGCUUUUGUCAAUGAUAUUUGCAAAAGGUAAUAAAUUGAUCAUUUACUUUAGAUUUCUGUUAAUAUUUAGAAGAUAAUCUUGACAUUAUUCAAAAAUGUUUGUAUAAACAAAGUGAAAAACGCUCCGGUCAAGUUUCAGGUCAAAUGUAUCACUUUUAAGACUUUCAAUAUUUUAAGCACACUUCCAAAUGGCAUUAAUCAUAGUGAUGUCAAUUACCAAAAUAUCGCACUAAAAAUAGUGUUUAAGUAAAAAAAUAUAUAUAGCAUAAAAUAAACUUGUUCAAUAGAAAAAUAGUGUUCUAACGACAUAAAACAUCUAUUUAGUUUGUAUGUAUUACAGAAUAAGCAGUUACUCGUUUACCUAAUACACACCUCCCAUGAAAAUCAUUGGUUCACAUUUUAAGUUUUAUAUUAUCAUUAUGCAUCAAAUAUUGUAGUGAACAGAACACGAGUGGGGACAACCGAAUGUAUUUAGCACAAAAUUACAGAGCUACUUGAUAAAAUAGAAAAACCAUAUAGCAAAUCGUUAAUUUGUAAAAUAUCAAUCCAUUAUAUCAACCUGAACUGUUCCCGUUGCAAACAUCAAUCCAAUAUAUCAAUGUUAAUGCAUGAAAGAUGAUUAAGACAUUUUAAGAUCAAUUAAAACUUUACCAACCAACCAAACCGUUAAGUUUUAUAAAUUCUAACUUUUUUCUUCAUUUGUUAUCAUUUGGUUGAAAAUAGUUUGCAGGGCAUCUUGAACUAAGGUUUCAUGCUAGUUACUAUUCAUCGAUAUCGUCUACCUUUAACCUACAGGAAAUAGAUAGUCUUCGUGGAACUUGAACUAGUUUGACUCCGUUUUUUUUUUAAUAUUUUUAGUAGAUUCACUACAUUAUAACUAAAUAACUAAAAGUUUCCACAUCGUUCUAAUCUUCUAAACAUAAUGGAAUUUAAUAAACAUUCCUAAAGUUAGUGACUUUUUAAUGAUAUUCAGAUAAAUCUCAUAAAUAAUCUUUAGGAAAAUUAUUUUCAUUGAAUGAUUCCAUUUACAAUAGACAAAUUAAAUGAAGUAAAAUAUUAUGUUCAUUGUAUAAACGUAACGGAAUGUGUAAUUAUGAAACAUUUAAUACACUUAUAAACUAUUUCCUAUAUGACACAUAAAUUUCACAAUUGAAUAUGAUGUAUUAUACAAACUACUUUUUAUUUAGACAUAAAUUAAUUCGAUUAACAACUGGAAAAAUUGAAAGAAUUGAACAUUCAAUGGAUGAACCUCCAGCUGAAUUUAUUGGUUAUUUAAUAAAAGAAAAUGCAUAGCAACAAUGAUUGUAUUCAAAGAAUAUUUAUUCAUUUAUUUAUUUUACGAAUACUUUUAUGCUAAACUAAUUUUUAAUGAGAUCAAUAUUUAUGCAAAUCUAUUUAUUUAUGUUUUAUCUAAAUUCUGAAUUUUGUAGAUUCCAUAUGUAAUUUCAAAAUGAAAUUUUAAGAAAAAAACAUUUUCAGAUAUUUUGUUUUCCAAAUUUAUCAUUGAAUGUUUUCAACUUGAGAAUUUACUACAAAUAUACUAUUUUAAUCAGUUGAUUCGAGUAAUGACAGUGAAUGUGACAUGAAAUCGAUAAAGUUUAUUAAUGUGAACAAAGUAAAGAAUCCAACAGUUAGGAAGGAAGUGAUAGUCAUAUUAGAACAAUAACGGAAAGAUGGCAAUUUUCGAUGAGACAUUCAAGAUCCUCUUCUAAACUUUCAUUUGUCACAUUUCUGCAUUAGGUUGUCCAAGUUUUAAAGUUAUUAUUGCUGUCUAAUAUUCUGUAGUUAUAUCAUGUUGAACAUUUCUCUAUCAAACUUGUUAUCUUCAAAAAUAUAUCACUUAAUAUGGCUGCAUCCUUCCCUUUACCUUUGAUGUAUUUUAUAACCAACUAAGAUAUAUGGAUUUUCUUAACUUAAGAAAUAAAGCAGAUUUUUAGUUUCCCGUUUUUAAUGUCUACCCUUCAAUUCUAUUUUUUUAGAAAACCGUUAAGUUGAAAUAUCAAAUUCGGUAGCCCUUUUAUGAUAUUGGUCGGCCACGCAAAAUAGCGCAUGCAUAUGUGAAAUACUUUAAAUGCUUAUAUUGAACAGUAUCUUCUGGUAGCUAUAUGUUAUUCAUUCUAAACAAAGGUACAUUGGUACACAGAUGUGAAAAUAGAAAAUCAUGCAACAUCCAAAUGACUCAGCAGGUUUUGUUGUUCCGGAAAACUAGAAAUUAAUGCAGAACACAGAUUCGGAGAUAGAAAAUUACUAAUAUAU